UCUAUUCUGUAUCACAUUUGGGGGCAGGAGGUGGGAAGAACACUGUAUAGAAAUGAGAUUCAUCCUGCAUUUUCUCCUUCUGCAAUGCAUCUCACCUGGUGUCCUUUCCAGCCCACAGCUCACCCAGUCUGGCCCAGAACUGGUGAUACCUGGAGGAUCUUUCAAACUGACCUGCACCAUUACUGGUGUCCAAGUUAGUGGCUAUUAUUGGAGCUGGAUCCGACAGACUGUAGGAAAGAGUCUAGAAUGGCUGGGCACCAUUCGGAGUACAGCAGCUGGAGGAACUUCCUACUACAACACAGCCUUUGGUAGUCGAAUCACUGUUAGCAGAGACACCUCAAAAAAUGAAGUAUACCUUCAGCUGAACUCUCUGACAGCUGCAGACACUGCUGUGUAUUAUUGUGCAAGAAUCACAGUGAAACAAACCAAGGGAGCACACAUGCAAAAACCUCACUCAUGUGAUUACUACGGUGCUUUUGAUAUCUGGGGCCAAGGAACACCUGUGACUGUAACUUCAGCUUCCCCAAGUGCCCCUGUUCUUUUCCCCCUCAUUCCAACUGGGAGUGGAGAUGGUGGAACGAUUGCAAUUGGGUGUUUGGCCAAAGAUUUCUUGCCUCUCUCCAUCGAUUUCACCUGGAAGGAUCAGAAAAAUGCCACCAUAGAUGCCAGCAACAUCAAGAGUUUUCCUUCUAUUGCUGAUGCUUCUGGGACCUUCAUGGCAAGCUCUCAGACUGAAGUCUCCGUCACAGACUGGAAAACACUUUCUGCAUUCUACUGCAAGGCUAAGAACCCAUCUGGAGAAAACGAGAUUCCAGUCCGUGCCUGUAAUGGAGGAUGUCCCACUGACAUGGCUGUCCGCGCACCACCUGUUAAAGCAUUCUCAAGCGCCUACCUAAAUGCCACCAUCACCUGCGAAGCUCUCGCACUUGACACACAGCGAACCACUCUCAAUUGGUACAGGAAUGGAGAGUUGCUGAAAUCAGGUUUCCAAACCACCAAACCAACCAUCAACAGCCAGGGUUGCUACAACAUGAAAAGUAAACUGAUAGUCAUCAAAGAGGACUGGCUUGCCGACGUGAAAUUUUCCUGUGAAGUCCAAAAUUCCAAGUACAACAACACUUUAGAUAUCAGCUUGAGUAUCCUCUGUUCAGGUAAAUUGAAAUAUUCCUUUGAUGUGGAAGAGAAAUUAAGGCAUUUCAAGUUAUUUCAAGAGGGUGUGGGAGUUGGCGAAUGUAAUGAUGACAUCCGUGUAGAUACUAUUGCCCCAACCUAUGAUGAUAUUUACCAGACCAGCUCAGCUAAGCUGACCUGCAGAAUCUCCAACAUACCCUAUGGUCAGGAGCUUUCAGAACUGAAUGCCACCUGGACACAGGAACCGGGUCACAAAAUCCUGAUCACUGAAUUUGGUAGACCUACAGACCAGGGAAAUGGCAUGCAAUACAUUGAUGCUACAGCCACCGUCUGUGCAACUGAAUGGCGGAGUGGACAGACUUUCAAUUGCAAAGUUAAUUUUCCAGGUGCACUUCCCAAGCCUGUGGAAAAACAGCUGAGAAAGACCAUAAGUGGCAUCCCUCACACCCCGUCUGUCUACAUCCUUCCUCCUCCAUCAGAUCAACUCACAUUACGGGAAUCUGCCACCCUUACUUGCUUGAUGAAACAUUUCAACCCACCUGACUUCUUUGUGAAAUGGCUCCAUAAUGAUGAGCCAGUGAGCAGUCAACAUUACUUCACCAGUGAAGCCAAACAGGAGUUGAAGCAGUCUGAGGGGUACUUCGCCUAUAGUAUGCUGAACAUCAAUGAGCAGGAUUGGAAUUCUGGAGACACUUACACUUGCGUGGUGGGACAUGAGACACUGCCUUUCAACACAACACAGAAGACCAUAGACAAGAACAUGGCUUCUUUCCGAACUCCAGAAGAAACUGAAUCCAAUGUAUUGUCCAAAGCUUACCUAGAUGGGAUCGUGGACACUGAAGAGGAUGAGGAAUUCCAAAACAUCUCAUCAGUCCUUUCCACUUUCAUCAUCCUCUUCCUUGUGAGCCUUUUCUACAGUGCCACCGUGACUGUCAUCAAGGCUUUAGAUAUUGAAUGGGAACCUGAUGGUGAUGAGAAGACGCAUUUCCCACCUGUGAUCCAAAAUGGACAAAAGCCAUACCGUUCCAGCAGGGUGUCUGUUGCUGUCUCUAAGUUUACAACAACACCAUACACGUGCAAAGUAAAGCAUUCCACUGGUUCCAAAGAGAACGGACCCUCAGUAACCAUCAAAUAUGAAGAUUGCAUUGGGCAAAGCCCAAAGCCAGUCCAAGUUCAGAUCUUAACCCCCAACUGCGGUGAACAGGAGACAGAGGCCAGCCUGGAGCUAGUAUGUCUCCUUCGGAGUCUCGGUCCCGGAAAAGCCAGCAUGGAAUGGUUGAUAAAUGGAGAAGUGGAGCCAAAGAAAGUGGAGGCAGAACUGACUGCCGAUAAAGACAAUGGUUUCUCCAGCUUUGUCCGCCGGAAUAUCAGCAAAGACAGCUGGGAGAACGGGGACCGAUAUACCUGUAAAGUGACUCGCCCACCGGGCAGCCAGAAUGUGACAAUGUACAACACCAGCAAGUGCCAGGAUACUACGAAGCCCUCUGUUGCCAUUUCUCGAGCUCCCCUUGACAUCUCACUCAAGAAUGCCGUGGCUUUGAUUCUCAUCUGUGACGUGAAUGGGUUUUACCCAGAGGAAAUUAGUAUCUCAUGGAAGAAAAAUGGCACGUCCUUGAAUGAGACCCUGUACAACAAUGGGAUGACAAUGGCGGCUGGGAACAUCUACACCACCUAUAGUAUUCUGAACAUUGGGAGAGAUGAACCAGGGGGCAAGGGUGGCCGCUAUAGCUGCGUGGUCCACCAUUCCUCUUCUGAUAAGCCCAUCACUGCCAGUGAAAAUGUGCCCAUGGUGCAGUCUUUCAUAAGGAAUAUGUGUUUGAUAUUCUACUCAUCAUUUUCCUUUCACCAUUCAGGUGGCAUCCCUCACACCCCGUCUGUCUACAUCCUUCCUCCUCCAUCAGAUCAACUCACAUUACGGGAAUCUGCCACCCUUACUUGCUUGAUGAAACAUUUCAACCCACCUGACUUCUUUGUGAAAUGGCUCCAUAAUGAUGAGCCAGUGAGCAGUCAACAUUACUUCACCAGUGAAGCCAAACAGGAGUUGAAGCAGUCUGAGGGGUACUUCGCCUAUAGUAUGCUGAACAUCAAUGAGCAGGAUUGGAAUUCUGGAGACACUUACACUUGCGUGGUGGGACAUGAGACACUGCCUUUCAACACAACACAGAAGACCAUAGACAAGAACAUGGGUAAACCGAGCAUUGUCAACGUCUCCUUAAUGCUCUCCGAUGCUGGCAGCAGUUGCUACUAACCAUCGCCGUAAUUCCUUCACCCAUCCCCAUUUCCACCAGCAUCUGUUUCCCUUGUUUUGUCUCUUCCUGCUUUAUUGUUGUCGUUGUUGUUUUUUCCCCAGUGGAAAGUUGGGGUGAUGGCAAAUACUGAAGAAAGAUGUGUCAAAUGUCACUAGCCACAUCUUUUAGAAGGAAACAAAUAGAUUGCAAUAAAGUCUGUUUUUCAAACCCAAAAAAAGAAAUCCUGGCUUGCUGUGAGAAUAAUAUUGAUAUGAAAACUAUGAUCAAUUUUCAGUAACAUCGGCAUCAAAUGAGACACCUACCUUACAUCCCCAUUCAAAAGAAAAUACAUCUUCUUCUAAAAUUCCAACAUUGACAUUUUUGUCUACUAUCACCUUUGUCUACUACUAAACAUCCAAGGAUGUUUAAAACAUGAAAUGUCCAGAGUUAAAGUUUCCACUUCAAGUAUUGCCUUCCUUAUUGCACACUUUCUUCCUUUCUGUUGCCUGGUCAUUUCUUUCACAGCUUUCCUUUCAUUUCUGAUCAACCCAAACACAUGAUACAUACAGUAGUGUGAGGGUGUAGAGAUUUGAGUGUUGGAUUACACCUCUGGGAGACAAGGGCUCAAAUCCCUGCUCGGCCAUUGAAACCCACUGGGUGACCUCAGGCAUAUCACAUCGUCUCAGCAGGGUCACUUCACAGUCACAAUAAAUCAGAAACAACUUAAUGGUACAUAAAAAUAAAAUAAUGCAGUGGUCUUUGUUCUAAACAGUUAUAUUCCUGGAAUGGAAAAGAAUUUUUUAGGAAGCUAGUUGGCACAUUUCAUUUUGCAUUCUCUUGAGGAUCUUCUGAUCCCAACAUCUUUGU